AUAACAUAUCUAACUGAAAGCUUUCCAUCCUUGCUCUUAUCUCAGGCUGCAGAAGUGUGUUACACCCCGCCUCACAUGUCAUGCAAUGCACAUGAGGGCUGCUGGCCAGCACCGAUACAUAAGAUAACCAGUGAGACUGAGCUUAUUCGCGUUUCCUCACUGCUGUAGCAACCAGCUUCAUCCUGGGACAGGAAAUAAUAAGUGAAAAAACAUGUCAAGAGGACUCAUUUUUCUUUUUCUGUCUUUGCUGUUUGAGGAGACAGACUGCUUGAAAGAUGUUUUCAGUGCAGCCACAACAGAAAUACCCCGUGUCUUUACACCAGGUGUGACACAGGUUUUCUUUCUGAGUAGCCAGAUUAAAACAAUUCCAAAAGCAGCUUUUGCUGAAAACCCACAACUUAACAAGGUGGAAUUCAUGAACACUAAUACAACAUCUAUUGAGCCGGGAGCUUUUGAAGGUUUGGUGGACCUCAUUCAAAUUGAGAUCUCCAACACUCCAUUAUCAUCAAUCCCAGUGGGAGUCUUUAAAAACCUCAGCAACCUGCAGGUUAUUAUACUUAAGUCUAACAAGCUCCGUGGUCUAGAAGAAGGCUUAUUCGAAGGCCUUAAAAAGGUAAAAGAGCUCCAGUUACAUGGGAACGAGAUUGAAUCGAUUGAAGAUGGGACCUUUGAUGAUCUUGAGAACCUUUCACUCCUCCAUUUAGCUAGAAACAAUCUCUCCUCUGUAUCCUCCAGCUGGUUCUCGAACCUAAACAAACUGCAGAUACUGCGACUUUACGAGAAUCAGCUGACCACCAUUCCUGAAGAAAUUUUUCAAAAUUUUCCUGACUUGAAGGAAAUUGCUUUGCAAGGAAACAAAAUAGCAGAAUUAUCACCUAAUCUAUUUCCACAUAAAGACAAACUAUCUAAACUAUAUCUGGACAGUAAUCUUCUGACUGGUUUACCUCAAGAAUUUUUUGUCGGCUUUCCUCAGCUUAAAUCACUGACCCUACAGAAUAACAAAUUAACUAGUCUACCACCAGUGCUCUUUGGAGAAAUGCCUAAAUUGACUGAGUUAAGCCUCAGUCAAAACAACCUCAGUGCUCUUCCUAAAGGAAUAUUCAACCCACUGAAGAAGCUCAAGAAGCUAGAUCUGUCUAAAAAUCACUUUUUCACCUUGCAUGCUGAGUUCUUUGAAGGCCUUGAGAAGCUCACAGAGCUGAAUCUACAGAGCAACAAGAUAAAUUCACUGGAUGCAGAUGUGUUUGAAAAGCUACAGUCACUGACCACACUCAAGCUAGCUAACAAUGGCCUCCGGGUGCUUCCUUGGGAUAUUUUUCAGCCUUUAACAAAACUCACUAAACUUUACCUCAAUGAUAACCCCUGGGACUGUGACUGCAAUCUGAUAUAUCUUCACCUGUGGAUGAAAGCAAACUCUGGCAAGAUUUUGUCGUCUGUGGUCUGUGAGUAUCCGGAAAAUCUAAAAGGCCAGGAAAUCCGAUCAUUAACAGAGGACCAACUUAUUUGCCCAACCCCUCCCUUCACAACCACAGUUUUAUCCUAAAACAAUUCCUGCAACUCCCACACCUGUGAUCUUCACUUGUCCCACAAAGCCUGCCAUUCUGGAGUCAUCACCUUCCAUGCACAAACAAAGUUCAGUGGUGCAAACCUCAGAUGAUGAUCUACACUGCACUGCUGGUGGUGGAGCUCAUCAAACUCACCCAUUUUUUCUACAGGAGAUAGAUCAUCCUCAGGCCAUUAGUAGAGAUACACAGACUUCAAAACAAUGUGGUAAAAAACAAACAAACAACAAGAAAAACAUUUGGGAAGGAAAUUUGCAUCUUGGCCUCACGUGGUGUUGAGAUUUGGUGAACUUUGACUGGUGAAGUUGCAUCCCCAACAGAAAACAAAGAUGUGUGUGUGGCUGACCUGUGAAAUGGACUACAACCCAACACACAUUGAUUUCUGAUUUGAAUUGAUUGAUUUGAAUUGGUGACAUAUAUAUAUAUGUCACCAAUUCAUAAAAUUUAUAAAUGCUUGAUUUGGAAAAUAGUUGCCUCUUUACACAUCCAGCAGCAACUAGGUGUGUUAUGAUUCACUAUGUUCACCAGAUAACUGCUGAUUUUAUUCAUCUGUUGUUUGGAGCCACUAGCAUACAGUGAUGCUUUUUAUUUUAUUUUGUUUGAUUUUUUUGUUGAGUGGUGUGAGUAAGUCAAAACAGUAAAGUUGAGUGUCCAAAACAAUGAUACUUUUCACAUAGAAAUUGUUACGUGUUCCACUAUUAAUGUAACAAUACCCUUAUGGUAACUUCAAUAAAAUAUUCAUCUAAAUAAUGCUGUACCUUACUAUUAGUUAAAAGACUACUUUAAAGCAGCAUUUCUGCUCAUAUAGUGAAACAUAAACCUAGAAGUGUCACAACUAUCAGAAAGGGAAGAAAUGUGUCUGCUGCAGUUAAAGAAGAGAGGUGAAAUGCUUGUUAAUACAGACGUUUAUGUUUAGGUCUUAGAGGUUGUCCAGCCCUCGCCUAAAAGUAUGGCUGGAGCAUGUAAGAGUCCUCAUAAUAAUCACUCAUGAUGCAACACAGAUUAUUAUUGAAUACAUUCAUUCACCUUUUAAGUUAUACAACCUUGUAAGUCAUAAGUUAUAAUAUUGCACAGACUGCUAGAGCAGAGAAGUCCUUCAUACUAUUGAUUGUUAAGGUACAUACAGGUGAGAAUAGGCAGUCAAAAUGUGUUGUAAACCUCAUCAGUCAGCCUCUGUUUUGUAACUAGUCAGGAGGAUCCAUAACAUACUUAAACUUGUAAACUUGUAACUUGUCAUAGCUAUAAUUCUUUAUUACUAUUGAUAUAGUGCAUUAUGAAGCAUUGUGUGUGUUUGUGAGUGCAGUCAUAAAGCUUUAUGAAUGCAUUAAAAUGCAUUAUGAAAACCA